AUGUCAUUAAAAGAAAAAAGGGAAAAAAAAGACUUUGCAUUAAAAUUCGGUUUGACCCUGACGAAAUGCAGAACAAUUGAAGGUAUUGUUUCUCCAAUUGGCACACCAACUCCCAAAGUGGCUGUUGUCGCAGCUCCUAAAGUUCAAGUUGCUGUGACCCCAAUGGAUCACGUCCUUGCCUUGUUGCCAGCCAACAAUGUGCCGAUGCAAUCCUUGCCAGCAAAUGCAAAAGGAGUGUCAGACGCAAUUAAUCAUUUUCAGAAUGGCCUGGAUUUGCCUAACACGACAAAUGGCUUUUUGAAGAACUCAGUCCUUGAUGCCUUAUACUAUACAAAAGCAUUUUUCUUCUUCCAUGGAUGA